AUGCAUUUGAGAUUUUGUAGCCUGUUGGCUUCUGGCCUGACACUCUUCACACGACUUGUGUCGAGCAGUCCUAUCGUUCCUCACUAUCUCCGAGCAGUGGAUGUCUCCAAACCAGUCUCUCCAAAACAAGUACAGAAUGACCUUGGCAGGACACUCUCCAAAGGCACCCUGAUAUUCGGUCCUUCAAACCCUGCCUUUGCGGAGGCUACAGAAAGAUGGAGCACUCGCUCUAUGCCUGAUGAUAUCCAAGUCGUGGUUGAAGUAGCUCAAGAGUCAGACGUUGCCAAAGUUGUCAAAUAUUGUUAUCAGAAUAGCCUUGACUUUCUCGCAUAUACUAGAGGUCACGGCUCUUCUAGUACAAUUUCCAAGUUUAGAGGCAUUGAGAUUAACCUGUCAAAACUCAAUGGAUUCACCAUCCAGCCUGACAAGAAAUCUGCACUAUUCCAGGGUGGCGUAUACGCUGACUUGAUCAUCAAGAAGUUGUGGAACGAUGGAUAUAUUGUUCGUGGUCUUGGCCGAUAUCAGGGCCAAUACGGCCUCAUUUCCGACAACUUUGUCAGCUUAAAUGUUGUCCUUGCCAAUGGAACAGAAACCAUCGUCAGUGCCAAGUCCAACAGCGAUCUAUUCUGGGCCAUGAAGGGCGCUGGCCACAACUUUGGCAUAGUGACAAGCGCCUACAUCAAGAUUUAUCCGAGGAAGGCCAGCACUUGGCACUACCACAAUUAUGUCUGGUCGCAAGACAAGCUGGAAAAGGUCUUUGGAGCGCUGAAUAAGUUCCAGGGGAAGGGACAGAUUCCGGCACUCAUGGGCGUCAAUUUUGGGCAGUUCUCUAUCGAGCCCAGUAUCAGCAAGACCGAGGCCGUCAUCAUCUGGUCGUUUGCCUACGAUGGUCCCGCUGCAGAUGCGGAAAAGCUGCUGACUCCCUUCAACGCGAUCUCCGCCAUAUCAAGCACCAAGGGUGAUGUGUCCUACCCGGAGCUGCUUGUUGCUCAACAGACGGAUAUCAACAGCGCCUCUUGCAGUUCGCAGCCGUAUGUUGGAAGCACUGCAUGGCUCCAGACGUACAACGUCAGCUCUCAGCGCGAGAUUUACAAUCUCUUCAACAAGAAAAUCGCGGAGAAUCCUGGCCUUGCACCUGGAGCUCGAGUCUUCUUUGAAGGCUAUUCGACAAAGGCGACACAGGCAAUCGAUCCCAAUACCUCUUCGUAUCCCCACCGGGACGAAUAUCUGCUCGUGUUCUUUGCAGUCGCCGCUCCGCCACAGCUGGAAGGCUUUGCUCGAACCUGGGCGGACAAGACGGUGGGCAUCUGGUAUGCAAGCCAGCCCGGGCGUCGGCGCGCAACAUACGUCAACUAUGCUGUUGGAAACGAGCCGCUCGAGUCCAUCUAUGGGUACGACGGGCAAUUGUCCAGGUUGAGGACUCUCAAGUCCAAGUAUGACCCUCGCAACAAGUUCCGGUGGUAUAACCCCAUUGCCACGGACUGA